CUUCAGCAAGAUGCUGCUGCAGAAGGAAGAACUGGAGCAGAAGCACCUGCACCUGGUCCAGAUCGUGGAGAGCGAGAAGACGGCCAAGUGGCAGUACACUCAGCAGUGCGAGGAGCUCACCGUCGAGAUCAAGAAACUCAGGGCAGAGUUGUGCGCGCUGAAAAAGGAGUGGCGCCUGACCCCCAACCGCAGCGAGGACGAGGACAGCGAAGAGAUCAAGAAAAUCAAAAAAGUGCAGAGUUUCUUUCGCGGCUGGCUCUGUCGGCGACGCUGGAAACAGAUCGUCGCAGAGUACAUCAGCUCGCCGCACGCCGAGAACAUGAGAAAGCGGAACAGUCUCGUGUUCCGAAUGGUGGAGGCGGAGGAAGAAUACGUGGAGCAGCUCCAGCUGCUGGUCUCAUGCUUCCUAAGGCCAUUCAAGAUGGCGGCAAGUUCUCAGAAACCUCCCUGCACACAUGACGAGGUCAACUCUAUAUUCCUGAACAGUGAGACGCUCAUGUUCCUCCACCAAAUAUUCCUCAAGGGUCUCACAGCCAGAAUGGAGAGCUGGCCCACGUUGGUUCUGGGUACAGGAGAUCUGUUCGACAUGCUCCUUCCGAUGCUCACCAUCUACCAAGAGUACGUCCGAAACCACCACUACAGCCUCCAGGUGCUGGCCGAAUGCAAGCAGCGGGACAAGUUCGCCGCCAUUUUGCAGCGUCUCGAGGAGAAGACCCUCCUCCAGGGCAGGACCCUCGAGACAUUCCUCACCUACCCUAUGCACCAGGUGCCUCGCUAUAUCAUCACGCUGCACGAGCUGCUGGCGCACACGCCGCACAACCACGUCGAGAGAAGAAGCCUGGAAAUGGCACGGACCAAGCUCGAGGAACUGUCGCGCCAAAUGCACGACGAAGUGAGCGAAACGGAGAACAUCCGGAAGAACUUGGCCAUAGAACGGAUGAUCAUAGGAGGCUGCGACAUCCUCCUAGACGUCAACCAGGUGUUCGUCAGGCAAGGCAACGUGAUUCACGUGGUGGGAUCGGAGAAGGCCAAGUCUCAGCGAUCCCGCAUCCCGAAUUUGAAGGGCGACAAGGAGGUGGUGCGCCAGUGCUACCUCUUCACCAACCACAUGCUGCUCUGCAACCGAACCUCGGCCGGAAAACUGCACCUGGUCGAGGGAGUCGGCAAGAUCCCGCUGGCAGAUGCCACUCUCAUUGAGGACCCCAACGAUCAGUUCCAGUUUAUUGUGGACGAUGGUGAGGGCUCGGUGAGCUCGGUAUCCAGUCAAUCGAGCGGUCUCGGGAGCAGCGGCGACUCCAACGCCGUGGUCGUGGCGCCAUCUGGUGGCGGCUCAGGUCAGCAAAAGGACUACGGCGGCCUCGACUUCAAGAUCAUCGUCGACUUCAAGACCGCACCGCCGGUGACAGUGCAGCUAGUCGCACCCACCAUGCAGGAGAAGGCCGCCUGGACUAGCGACAUCAGCCAGUGCAUCGACAACGUGCACUUCAACGACCUUUUCCACGGCACGAUGAGCGACUCGUCGUCGGUCACGAUGCCACAUUCCAUCAGGAACGACCCCAGGCUGUUCAAGGACGACGUGGACAUCCGAUUCAGUCGAACACUCAACUCCUGCAAGCUGCCCCAGAUCCGCUACGCGAGCCCCGAGCGCCUCUUCGAGCGCCUGACGGACCUCCGUUUCCUGAGCAUUGACUUCCUGAACACGUUCCUGCUCACGUACCGCGUGUUCACGGACGGGGUCAAAGUGCUCGAGGCCCUCAAGAAAGUCCACUAUAACCCCGACCUGCAGAUCAACGCCAUGGGCGCCGCGCUGCAGGACUCCACGGGAUCUCUGGACGCGGUGGGUGUAGACGGCAGCGGCGGUGGUGGCGGCGGCGGCGGCGGCGGUGGUGGUGGCGGUGCAGUGUCCGUAGUCGCCGCCGCGGCGGUGGGCGUACCCACGGGGGACCUCGGCAUGCUGGUGGUGGAGUACGACUACUCGCGGCGCAUAAGCACGGCCAGCAUGCUGUCCGAGGCCGGAGACGCGCAGGUCCCCCACGGCGCCCAGACCAGCGCACAGCAACUGGCCGAGCAGCAGCUCCACCUGGCACAGCAGGCCUCCAGGAACCAGCAACACUGGAGGCUCAGCUACAGAAAGUUCGAAGAGGAGCAGCUGAAGGAGCAAACGCUCAAGCGGAUCCGCGAGGUCGUCUCUCCCAGCCCGGAGCCCAUCCUGGUGCCUCCUCCGCCGACCCCCGAGCCGGCCACGGGAGGACUCGUCCACACGCUGCCUCUGCAGGGGGCCACGCUGGCCCCGCCGGACGAGACGCAGGGAAUGUCUUCGCUCUGCUACCUCGGGGGACAGCUUCUACACACGCAGGACGUCUCCAUGCAGUCGACCGCAAGCGCGGCGGCAAGUAGCAGCAACGGUGCCGGUGGUUCCGACGGCGCCCCAAAGCCGUCCCGGUCUUCGGAUACCCUGACGGCUGAGGCCAGCGGGCCCUCGACGCCCAGCAACAUGAGUUCGACGGCAUCCUCGGCGACGCUAGUCGGAAGCGUCGGAAGUCAGGAGUCGCCUAAAGCUAGCCCGAGCAGGAAAACGGCGCCCGUGCGGCUGCCGACCCAGGACAGCGUGCAGAGCAACCCGGACGACACCCCUCCCCCGACGCCCCCUGCUGUGCCACCCUUGCUGCAGUCGGUGGUGCCGCCGACACCCCCCGCCGCGCCCCCGCCGGGGGCCGGAGCCCCUCCGCUGCCGGUCACCGCGUCCCCAGCCCGGGGCUCCGUCGGUGGACAACUGCCCCCCGAAGCCCGGCCCGCGGCCCGGGCGCUGCCACCACCGAUGACCUCGAGCCAGUCUGCGCCGAACGUGAUGAACUAUCUCCGUGUGCGCGGCGCCCAGGGCAAGCGAGGCAGCAGCGACACGGAGAGCUCGAGCGUAUCCGUGACGCCCCGGUCCAGUUUCCAGACGGAGUCGACGAUCCUGUCGACGCCGCGUUCCAGCUUCCAGUACCCGGACUCCCCGCAGCAUAGUAGCAAGGCUGGGGUGGUGGUCACCUCGUCCAGGGGCCUCGGCCCGCCGCUCGUCCACGGCCAGCGCCGCGGCCGCGUUCGCCGUCGCCACGGCGGGCUCCUCAACCCGCCCGAGCCCCUGGUCGCCGCGGCCAUCGCGGCGGUGGCGCCCGGCUCGCAGCCCCAGAGCAGGGCAGGCAGUCGGCUGCCCAGCGCCGUCGGCGCCGACCUCAAGAUACCCGGAGCUGUAGGUGGCGGAGGAGUGCCUCCUGGGGGUCCCGGCCCAGCCGGUCUGCGCUCCAAGCGGGAGUCGAUGAUCAGUACCGCUGCCACAAUGCGUGUCCUGAACGUGCUUCGUCACUGGGUCUCCAAACAUUCUCAGGAUUUUGAGAACGACCCCAAGCUGCUUCAGCUGACGACCGAGUUCCUGGAGGAACUGGUGCACAACACGAGCCUGCUGCCGGCCGAGCACAAAGCGGCCGCGCAGCUGCUCCACAUGAUCUCUAAGCAGGACACGGACAAGAACAAGGUCGAUCUCGACAUCCUCCUUGCCCCGCACAUGACGCCUAGUAAAGAAACCGUGGAGUCACUCUCGGCACUGGAGAUAGCGGAAGGAAUGACCUACCUCGACCACAAGAUUUUCAUCGCCAUUCGUAGCGAGGAGUUUUUAGGCCAAGCCUGGAUGAAACCAGAGAAGGCAACCAAAGCCCCCCACAUCCUCCUCAUGACCCGGAGGUUCAACGACGUGAGUCGACUGGUGGUGUCCGAGAUAAUGCGCUGCCCCGAGAUGUCCAAGCGGGUGACCAUCAUCGACAAGUGGUCAGCGGUAGCCGACAUCUGCCGCUGCCUGCACAACUUCAACGGGGUGCUCCAGAUCUGCGCAGCCUUCAUGAACAGCUCCGUGUUCAGGCUUAAAAAGACCUGGGAGAAGGUUUCCAAGACGACCAAGCAGACCAUCGACAAGCUCCAGGCGCUGGUGUCGGCGGACGGCCGGUUCCGCAACAUGCGAGACGCCCUGCACCGGUGCGACCCGCCCUGCAUCCCGUACCUGGGCAUGUACCUCACCGACCUGUCCUUCAUCGAGGAAGGCACCCCAAACUUCACCGAGGAAGGACUGCUCAACUUCUCCAAGAUGAGAAUGAUUGCUCACGUGAUUCGGGAGAUUCGUCAUUUCCAGCAGACUCCGUACAAGAUUGAGAUGAUCCCUAAGGUGUUCAACUACCUUCUGGACCCGGGACGGCUCAUGCCAGACGAAGAACUCUACCGCCUGAGCCUGUGCCUCGAACCCCGCCUCUCUCGGCUAGGCACCAAGGUCACGGCACCGCCCUUCGUACCUUCUUACGCGUCCGCAACCACGUCUUCGUCGUGAGGGAACAGCCCCCCCACCCCCAACAACCACCACCCCACCUCCCAGCGCGCCCCCAGAUCGCUCAUCUCGAGCCGAGGACACUGCUUCCACCCUGCCACGCUCCACCCAGAACUGGUUAGUGCUCACCUUAACGGACCCCACGGACUCAAAGACUUCCGCAUCAUCCUCAAGCACGUUGGUGUCCCGGGUGUAAGCGACAGGCUCUUCAGGCUCGCUGCCACUUCCCUCCUGGCAGGGCCCGGAGGUCCACCGCCGGCAGUUCCAACAAGGACGUGUCACCCGCUUGACACGGUCGGCCCCUAGGGGUCUCGGGGGACCGGUGACCGUACCAUUUCACCUUUUCGAGUCCCGCAACCCCUAGGUUAACGCCCGGAGUUUAAAACCCUGUGGCAAAAAGAGAAACCAACCUCACCGAUGAACUAUGCCUUGGACACAGUUGCUGUCCAACUUCCCGUAGAUAAGGGUCAGACAAACGUGUAUUGUUGUUGUUGGAGACGGAACUAGGGCAUCGAUGACCCACCUGUCCCACCGAAGCGAGUGACGAGUGAUCUAGGAGCAACCAUGUUCAACCGCAAGAAAAAAGGCUGAGACUUGCUAAAAGUCAGCGCCAAAAAUAUCCGUUUUAGCCACUCACGCCGACAUCCCGUAACCAAACGUAAACGACCAUCCGAAUUACAAUAGUAGUAGGCGCAGCAGGACCUGACCUCCUUUCAAGGUUCAAUUCAGUCCUCGUGCGGAGAACUGCGGCAAAACCUUGAAGGCGAGACUAAGGGGAACGAGAAACGUCGUGUAAGCGAAACGAAAACUUAGGCGUUUGAAUACUGUCCUACACAAGCUAUAGCCGCCCAAAUUUCCCGUACCGAGUUCCUAAACUCGAGUCACGAGCCACGGCUCUAUAGUCUCGCCACCGAGAGAACCAAAAGCAAUUAGUAGUCGAUAGAUAAGUAUGGUCUAGAAAGAAAUGAUAACCCUUCCUCCCUCAAAGCGCAAAACAAGCAGAAUCGUUUUUUAUUUUAACUGACUUUUUGCUUUGCACUUUCCCGUUGCAGUUUUAAUGUUACAAAAGAAGAAAAAAAAUGAAAAAUAUACCACGCCAGUUCUAUCUCCUGUUUGCGCCGUCUCUAACAGUCUAUGUACAUAAAGCAAGCGGUAGCUGCAAAAUGAUCAAAGGAAGGAAAAAACGGUUUAUGUCCACACUCGUAAGGCUUGGACAAAACCAGAAGCCGAACUACUCUUUGUUGUCUGUUGGAAAGCCUGCAAAGUAUAUAUAAGGAAUGUUUCCGGGGAUAUAAGGGUACGAGACCGUUCUUAAGAUCCUCUCAGAUACACGCCGAGAGCGCUAUCGAGAAUGAUAGCAAAUUGCUCGAUCAGUUUGU